AUGAGUACAACGACCAAAUUUGUAACUACUAGACAACCACAAGUUGUAUAUCUAGAAAGGGGAGAUGUUUAUGAAAACAAUGAAGAUGCAUAUGAUUAUCAGGAUGAUAGAUUAUCAACACAUCGAAAUGUGAAUUCUGCAUCUGAUCUUGAACUAGUUCGAAAACAAGAUUUUCAUCGACAACCAUCAAAAGGAAAAAAUCAAUCUUCUUUCUACACAUCUUUCAAUGGUUUAUUCAUUGCUGGUGGUAUUCUAUUAGUUUUAGUUAUUAUCAUUGUAACAUCAAGUAUUCUUGGCAUAGUUCUAACAAGAAAUCCAACAGUAUUGAAUAAUUCAACAACAACAACUACUGCUACUACAGUUUAUAGUGCUUAUUGGAGUUUCGAUAAUGAUGCAAAUGAUUUAUAUGCAACUUACAAUGGUACUCUUGUAAAUGGUGCAACAUUUUCAAACAGUACUUAUUUUGGUUAUGGUUAUAAUUUAGCAUUAAAUGAUUCAUCAUAUCAAUCUGUUACUAUUACAAGUCCAUUCUUUAAUUUAUCUUAUACAAGUUUCACUGUUGAAGCAUGGAUUUAUGGUGUUGCACUUACAGGUGAUAGAUCUAUAUUUUCUCAAUGUCAAUGUAGUUCAUGUCAAAGUCAAUGUCUUUAUUUAAUUAUUCGAAAUUAUAAAAUGUAUAUGGGUUUUAUGUUAAAUGAUCUUGUAGGUGCAACAUCAUUAUCAACUAAUACAUGGUAUCAUGUUGCAUAUGUAUAUGAUUAUUCACGUCGAACACAAUCAAUUUAUUUACAAGGUGUUCUUGAUGGUACAAAAACAUCAGCAAGUCCUUAUCAAGGUCAAAAUGGAUCACUAAAUAUAGGAAUAUCAAAUUUAUCUUCUAGUUCAUUUUAUGGUUAUAUUGAUAAUUUGAAAUUAACAACAAGAGCUAAAUCAUCUAGUGAAAUUCUUACUGAUGCUUCAGUUGUUGUUUAUUUUCCAUUUGAUGGUUCAUCAUUAACACAGGAUAUGGGACCAAAUCAAAUGAAUGGUUCAAUAUCAAAUGCUGUUGCAGUUAUUGGAAAAGUUGGCAAUGGUUUAGCUUUUAGUGGAUUAUCAUCUUAUCUUCAAAUAUAUGGAUUUUAUCAAUUAGGUCGAUCAUCACAAUCAUUUUCAUUUGCUCUAUGGAUUUAUCCAUAUUCUGUUGCAGGUGGCACAUUGAUUCAUAAAUCUGCAUUUCAAUAUAACAGUGGUGGUUGGUGUCAAGAUAUGAUGGGAUUAACAUAUGCUGGUCAAAUUUCUUUCUAUACAAAUGGAGGUGGUCGACAGAUUACUGGUCCAUUUAUAUCUGCUUUGCAGUGGACUCAUAUUGUUUAUACAUAUAGUUUUACUAAUGGUCAGAUAAUGUAUAUUAAUGGUGUGCAGUAUGCUGCAACUGGAUCCAUGAGUUUUUCAUCAAGUGGUAUUAUUGAUUGGUUAACAAUCGGUCAUAAUAUUAUUGGAUGUACACCAAGUCCUAUAUCUGGUGGUGCUUUUUUCGGAAUUAUUGAUGAAUUUUAUGUGUUUCGACGAGAACUAUCGGCUACUGAUGUUUAUUCUCUAGCUAAUCCUUAA